AAGGACACCUUCGACGAAAAUACGUUGGUUUAGAAAUAGAGACAACGAGAGCUCACCUCCAGUCUGAGUUCCUGCUCUUCGUCCCCUCCCUGCUGCUUAUUGAUUUCGUUGCAACUCAUUCAAUUCCAUACUUCGAAUCCGAAACACCAACCUAUGCCAUGGGUAGCAUGUUUUCACGCGAGCCCGUGACUGUAUCGCCACUGACGCACCACUUUCAGUCAACAACGCAAGCUGGCACCCUCGUUUACGUGGCAUUGUCCAAGAAAAAGCACCGCGUGAAUCCAAUCACAGAUUCAAGACGCCUUGAUAGCUCUACCUUCUUUGGACUCAAAGUUCCUUUCGAAGAAAUUGAGAUUGAGAGUCAAAUUGGCACUGGCACAUUUGGUGUAGUAUAUAAGGCGUUCUACAAAGGGAAACACGUAGCGCUCAAGCGACUACUAGCUCAGCGGUAUUCUGCUAAGACUGUGCAAGACUUCAAGAACGAGCUGUCAAUUCUCUCCAUCUUGCAACACCCUAACAUCGUGAUGUUUCUCGGUGCCGUGCUUGAGCCACCAACGUUGUGUCUUCUCACAGAGCUCUGUGCUGGAUCAUUGGCAGAUCUGCUUCAACUUGCACGCAGCAAGCAGCUAAAUAUCACGUGGGGGCUCACACUCGAAAUCGCACUAGACUGUGCAAAAGCCUGUGCCUACCUCCACGCGCUUAAUCCAGCUGUGCUUCACCGUGAUAUCAAGGGAGAAAAUCUAUUGAUCACGGAAGACUUUCGUUGCAAAUUGAGCGAUUUCGGUCUCUCACGCAGCCUCGACAAGAACGCCAACGCACAGACGAUGUGCGGCACGCCGCGGUGGUUAGCACCGGAGGUGUUUCGAGGCGAGGACUACUCGGAGAAGAUCGAUGUUUAUUCAUACGGUAUCGUGCUGUGGGAACUCUUCUGCUUCAAGAAGCCGUAUCUGGACAAGGAUGCCAUUAAUCUGGCUUACCUCGUUGCUCACGAGGAUCUCCGCCCCGAACUGUUGCCUCAUAUCCCAGAAAUUUUGCAUCGAAUCAUGAAGGCGUGCUGGGAUCCUGACCCGGUCCAGCGGCCGUCCUUCAGUACGGUCAUCUUCCUCAUCGAAGAGGCCAAGAAUGUCGUACCGUUAGGAUUGGCUAUCGAUCUCUCCAAAAGCUUCUCAGAGGCAACAGCAGUGCAGCGCUCAAUACCAUCAAGACCGAAGACACCGACAGUUAAAAGAAAUUAUGGACUCACGUCGGGUAUGAUUUAG